UUUUUUUUUUCUCUCUCUUUUGUGAAUGAUUUCAUUUGUUGGUCAAUUAGUCAAUUAGUCAAUUUUUCUGUUGAUUGCCAUCCACUGUCUUUUAUUUGUAAUUUUAUUGCGAUUAUUAUCACGUUCAAAGUUUGCUACACUCUCUUUAUAUAUAUUUUUGUGAAGUAUGUCUGCCAACGGCGCUCGAAGGACUGGAAGAGUCAAGUUCUUUAACAGCCAGAAGGGUUUUGGUUUCAUUAUCCCCUCUGAAAGCUCGGAAGCAAGUCCUUUGGAUGAGGUCUUCGUACAUCAUACCGCCAUCCAGAAUGAUGGAGGCUUCAAGAGUCUUGCAGAGGGUGAAGAGGUUGAAUACGACAUUGUACCUGGCCCUAAGGGUAUGCAGGCUGCCAACGUGACAGGUCCAAAUGGGACAUCCGUUCGUGGCGAUCCGAAUCUUGGUCGCGGUGGUUUCGGGCAUAAUAAUAACCGAUAUGGUGGAUAUGGCGGCUCCAAUGCCUAUGGUGGAGGAUAUGGACAAGGCCCCAGUGGCCAACAAGGAUAUGGCCAAGGGUAUCAGCAGCCUGGAUUCGGCACCCAAGGAUUUCAACACGGCAACAAUCAAUUCCAAUAUGGGUACUCCCAGAGUGGGUACGGCGGAGGCGCUAGUGGUGUAGGAGCCAAUGUAGGAGGUCUUUCAGAUGGUCAGAUGGGACAGCCAGGCCAUCUUAAUCAGCAGUCCCAGCAGCCGAGCCCACAGGCGCAAGGAUUCAGAGGUAAUGCUGGAGGGCUUCCGGGCGGAUGGAACGCAUCUGGGGUUCCUCCACAGUACUGAAGUUUAUAAUCAACCUUUUUCAUAGCUUUGUGAAUAUGUAGUGAGAGUAGACUCAUUUGUCUUUUUCCACUCUCAAUGCAUUAACAUUCAGAUUAAACUAUUGCGAUG